AUGGCUAACCUUCUAGGCUCCCUAUUAUUACUCCUUGCAUUCAUCCACACGCUAUGCCUCGCCUACUCCCCCGAUCUCCGUGAAAUCUACAGAUUCUCCAACGGGACCUGGGUCGAGAACAUCGCAGUCCGACCCAACGGCAACCUCCUCGUCGCAGUACUGAGCACAGCAGAGCUCUGGGAAAUUGACCCUUCAAUCUCAUCAGGUCCCAGCUCAGCCCAUCUAGUCCAUCACUUCGACGGCGCCGAAGACGCAGAUGGGAUUACGGAGAUUUCACCAGAUAUCUAUGCAGUCAUUGCAUCCAACUCAGUCUAUACGAUCGAUCUCAAAAGCCAUGAAACUGCGCCCAAGGCAAUCCUUAUCGCGAAACUUCCCGCUGGCUAUUUGAACGGCAUUGCCGCUCUAGAUGAAGGAAAUGCAGUUGCCAUAACUGACUCCCAACUCGGCCUUAUAUGGUAUCUCGAUAUCCGCACUGGUAGCUACAGCGUUAUCCAUCAAGACGAGACAAUGGCCGCAAAUCAUGACAUGGAUUUGUUGCUUGGGGUCAAUGGAUUGAAGAUAGUAGACGAUUAUAUGUACUACAGCAACACCCCGAAGCGGAUUUUCUGUCGUGUUCAAAUUGAUACACAUACCGGUCGUGCAUUGGGGCCUUAUGAGGUUAUCAGCCACGAUACACGGGCUGAUGACUUUGCUAUUGGCCCGCAUGGGGUUGCGUAUUUGGCGGGUAUUGUUGAUAAUGUGGUGACCAGGGUCUUUCCCAAUGGGUAUCAUGAGGUUAUUGCGGGUUCGAAGGACUCGAGGGAUUUAAUGACCACUACGUCGGCGGCUUUUGGGAGGACACAGAGGGAUCGCAAUGUUCUUUAUAUCACUACUGGAGGGGAGACCAAGCUUCCUGUUAACAGCACGAGUACCAGAGGGGGGAAGGUUAUGGCGCUUUCUGUGGAGUUUUAA